CGCCUAAUUUGGUUUUCUGGGCGGAGAGCAGCUUCUUAGGACUGCUAGUAAAUUCAAACAGAAGGCUGAGGACCUAAAAUCUGCAGCUCUUCACUCCUGGUUGUUCUAGAGAACAGCAGAAAAGUGUCACGAAGAAAACAGCCACAGAGAUAAAAACGAGGAGGACAUCCAGAGUGUGUUUGCUGCACCUGAAGAGACUCAGUCACAGAUUCUGUUCACGCUGCCUGAGUGGCUAACUGUAGAAAUCGGAGAAUUCUCUGAAGAAAGAAGUCUUGGUACCUAAAAGAUCUCAUCAUGGCCAUAGUCCUGAAGUCCAGCCCUCUUUUAUGGACACGGCUGGCCGCCCUGGCCUGCUCCUGUGUGGCCUUCUCCGUGGCUGUGCAUGGUGCCAGGCUCUUCCAUGGCACUGGAGACUUUUGCAUCUUCUGCUGGGCCUUUAGCUUUGCCGGCACUCUUCUCAUCCUCCUGGUGGAGCUUUUUGGCCUGCAGACCAAAGCCCCUGUUUCCUGGAAGAACUUCCCCAUCACCUUCGCCUGCUACGCUGCCCUCCUCUGCUUGUCAGCCUCCAUCCUCUUCCCUCUCUACUACCUGAAGGGUUCCACUGGCCAAAGUGAGAUCCGCGACUGCCGCAUUGUGUCGACUGUUUUCUCCUGCCUGGCCACCAUUGCCUACAUGAGCGAGGUGAGCAUCACCAAAGCUCGUCCGGGGGAGGUCGCCGGCUACAUGGCCACAGCUCCUGGGCUGCUGAAAGUCUUUGAAACCUUUGUGGCCUGCAUCAUCUUCGUCUUAAUCAGCGAUCCCGUGUUGUAUGACCGCCACGAUUCGGUCAAGUACUGCAUGUCCGUCUACUGCAUCUGCUUCAUCCUGUCAGCUAUCAUCAUCCUGCUCUGCAUUGGUGAGUGCACCGGCUGCCUCCCCUUCCCGUUCGCCCGCUUCCUGUCAGCCUACGCCCUGCUGGCUGUUGUCCUCUAUCUGUCAGCAACCAUCAUCUGGCCAGUGUUCAACUUUGACCCCAAACACGGUGGUACAAAGCAAAGACCGUCCCAUUGCACCGCCGACCCUGGGUUGUGUUCAUGGGACAAAACAGUGGCGGUGGCUGUUCUCACCGUCGUCAAUUUCAUACUCUACCUGGCUGAUCUCAUCUACUCCACCCGCUUGGUGUUUGUCAGCGCUUAAACCUUAACAAAGGGGAAGGGCAGUGUGCUGCAACAAAAUUUUCAUUUGGCAAGUGGAUUCAAGGCUGUUUGUUAAACAUCCUUCUGCAAGCAAAUGCAAACAUUAAGACAGCAGUAUAAAUAACACGCAGUGGGUCUUUGGGGAGAGAGGUCUUUCAAAAUAAAAGGCUAACAUGUUCAAUUGGUCUGAAUUUAAAUGUCAUGAUUUUUUUUAGCCUAUCCAGACCUGCCAAAUGUAAUUUUCUUAAAGUAUACUGCAUUGCUGAGUAGCUAAGAAUGAAAUUAACAAUAAGAAGAGGGUCAGCGGGUAAGUUUUCAUGUAAAAAUGCUAUUCAGAGUCCUUUUUUUCCUGCAUUUAUUUCUCCUUAUCCAACCUGAACUGACCAUUAUCCUGAUUGUAAAAAACCAUGGUGGAACUGCUGGAAUACGCUGAUACAAAAACAAAAUAGAUAAAGAAAACUCUUUAAUUUAGAAAUAUUUGCAUAUUUAAUCUCAUAUAAAUAAAGUUAAUAGGAAAUAAUUUCAUUAUUACCCAGAAAUUAAGAUGAUUUGCCACCUUAUCGUGGUGGAGGGGUUUGAGUGUCUCAAUGAUCUUAGGAGCUAAGUUGUCUGAGGCUAUCUGCCUCUGGUAGGGUCACCCAUGGCAAACAGGUCCUAGGUGAGGGAUCAGACAAAGAGCACCUCUUAGGGGUCGGGUGCAGUGUGUGACGGGUGGUAGUCGAGGGCGGGGACCUUGGUAGUCUGAUCCUCGGCUACAGAAGCUGGCUCUUGGCACAUGGAAUGUCACCUCUCUGGUGGGGAAGGAGCCUGAGUUGGUGCAUGAGGUUGAGAGGUUCCGACUAGAUAAAGUCGGACUCACCUCAACGCAUGGCUCUGGCUCUGGAACCAGUUUCCUUGAGAGGGGUUGGACUUUCUACCACUCUGGAGUUGCUCCCACUGAGAGGCGCCGAGCAGGGGUGGGCAUACUAGUUGCCCCCCAUCUAGGUGCCUGUACUUUGGGGUUUACCCCAGUGAAUCAGAGGGUAGCCUCCCUCCGCCUACGUGUGGGGGGACAGAUUCUGACUGUGGAAGUCACUGAGGUGGUUAAAAAGCUCCUCUGUGGCAAGGCUCCAGGGGUGGAUGGGAUCCGCCCGGAGUUCCUUAAGACUCUGGAUGUUGUGGGGCUGUGUUGGCUGACAAGGCUCUGCAAUAUCAUGUGAACAUCGGGGGCAGUCUCACUGGACUGGCUGGCCGGGGUGGUGGUCCCCUUAUUUAAAAAGGGGGACCGCAGGGUGUGUUCCAACUACAGGGGGAUCACACUCCUGAGCCUUCCUGGUAAGGUCUAUUCAGGGGUUCUGGAGAGGAGGGUCUGUCGGAUUGUUGAACCUCAGAUUCAGGAGGAGCAAUGUGGUUUUCGUCCUGGCCGUGGAACAAUGGACCAGCUCUACACCCUUAGGGGGAUCCUGGAGGGUGCGUGGGAAUUUGCCCAACCAGUCUAUAUGCGUUUUGUGGAUUUGGAGAAGGCGUUUGACCGCGUCCCUCGGGGGCCCUGUGGGGGGUACUCUGGGAGCAUGGGGUACCAGGCCCUCUGAUACGGGCUGUUAGGUCCCCGUAUGGCCGGUGUCAGAGCUUGGUCCGCGUUGCCGGCUGUAAGUCGGGCUCUGUUCCCAGCGAGAGUUGGACUCCACCAAGGCUGCCCUUUGUCACCAAUUCUGUUCAUAACCUUUAUGGACAGGAUUUCUAGGUGCAGCCAAGGUGUGGAGGGCAUCCGUUUUGGAGGCCUGAGGAUCAGGUUUCUGCUUUUUGCAGACGAUGUGGUCCUGUUGGCUUCAUCAGAACGUAUCUUCAGCUUUUGCUGGAGCAGUUCGCAGCCAAGUGUGAAGCAGCUGGGAUGAGAAUAAGCUCCUCUAAAUCUGAGACCAUGGUCUUGAUUCGGAAAAGGAUAGAAUGCCUUCUCCGGGUCAGGGAUGAGGUCCUGCCCCAAGUGGAGGAGUUUAAGUAUCUCGGGGUCUUGUUCACGAGUGAGGGAAAACUGGAGCAUGAGAUCGAUAGGCGGAUUGGUGCUGCAUCUGCAGUGAUGCGGGUGUUGUACAGGUCUGUCAUGGUGAAGAGAGAGCUGAGUCAGAAGGUGAAGCUCUCGAUUUACCGGUCGAUCUAUGUUCCUACCCUCUUCUAUGGUCAUGAGCUUUGGGUAGUGACAGAAAGAAUGAGAUCGCGGAUACAAGCGGCCGAAAUUAGUUUUCUCCAAAGAGUGGCCGGGCUCUCCCUUAGAGAUAGGGUGAAAAGCUUGGUCAUUCUGGAGGGGCUCGGAGUAGACCCGCUGCUCCUCCACAUCGAGAGGAGCCAGUUGAGAUGGCUCGGGCAUCUGGCCAGGAUGUCUCCCUGGUGAGGUUUUCCGGGCACGUCCAACCAGGAAGAGACCCAAAGGAAGACCCAGGACACGGUGGAGGGACUAUGUCUCUCGGCUGGCCAGGGAACGCCUUGGGAUUCCCCCGGAGGAGCUGGCCCAAGUGACUGGGGAGAGGGAAGUCUGAGCCUCUCGCUUUAGGCUGCUGCCCCCACGACCCGACUCCGGAUAAGCGGACGAAAAUGGAUGGAUGGAUGUUUUGAUACACCUGAGGUAAAAUAAAUAAAUAAAACAGAAUUUUAUGAAUUCAAAUAAACACAACAUAUCCAAAAGUGAAAUGCACAAUAUCAUAUCUUUCUGCUACAGUGCAAAAAGAGAUUAUAUUAAAACUAUUUACAGAAACCAAUAUAAAAAAAUUAAAAUGCAUCUUUCUGAAGAUCCACAUGUUUUGUAAUUGAUUUUCUAAAAUGCCCAUCCUAGGAUUGUUUGUUGUUGUGCCAUUGGUCUUGUUGUUGUGAACAAUAUAUUUCUUUACUCAGUCGUUGGCCAACUAUGUUGUAUCUUGUGCCUCAGUUAUUUUAUUGUCUGUAUGAAUGGAUUAAAUAGAUUAAAACUGGCUUAAAGCCAAUGUGUUAUGUGCAUGUAAACAGUCAAAUAGAGGAAAACAAAAGCUUGUUGAUCCCUCUUAUUAUAUAUGUGUAAUGCAUGUCAUGCAUUGACACUUUAGUGCUCUAACAAAUGAGUUUAUUGCUAUAGGCUGGCUUUUGCUCCUUUUAUAGUUGCAUUGUUACAACCAACAAAAUGUAUGCCUGGUCAUUAAACAGUGUAUUGUGAUUUUAAAAAUCACAUUGAUAGUUUAGGUCCCGUUAUUGUAUUACUUGUAUUACUAGGUUUAGAUUAUUAUUUUUUGUCUCCAAGUAUUAAAGCAUGUACUUAAAUAAGCAAAUCAUAAAUUGAUAACUGAUUGGAUUGUUGGUUAUGUCUUGCUGAGGAAGUACUCCAAAACACUUCUUUCCAUGUACAUGUUGUCAGAGUUAAAGUUUGUGUAUUCUUUUGUUAUUUUUCAUGAGUUUAUGUGUGCAAACCACAUCAGUGUUGUAAGGAAAUGUAAUCCUGUGUUUUAAUAAAACCACAUUUAAAAACUGA